UCUUACAACCCUCCUAUGACCCAGGAAGGGUCAUCCCCAUUUUGCAAAGAAAAACAGGCUCAGAGAAAUUUCUGGACUCGCACAUGUCCUGUCACUUGUUGCAGGGUGGAGCCGGAACCAGGACUGGCUGACCCAUGCUAUUUUUUCAGCACUGCCCUGGACUCCCUCGGGUCUCGGUGCUUACUCUUGGGUUUCCUUCUUGUUUUUUUCUGAGGCUCCCUCUGGUGGCCCAGGGGCAGGGGUUCUGUGAAUGUCACCCUUCCUCAGCCAGGGGAGUCUGCAAGAAUCAGGGGCCGGCAGGGCACGGCCUGAAAGCGUUUCGCGGCUGCUGGCGGUUUGUCUCGAGCUUGUGGAGGAAAGUUCUCUGGAGCCGCAAGAAUUGCCUAAGUGCGUUCACGCACUGAAGUGAAAUCUUACAGGAGACCAAGCCCACUACAUCGUGGGUGAUGAGGGGCUGCUUUUGACCUCCUUGGCGUUGGAAUCCUCCUCCAGUCCAGCAGGGCCUGGCUACACGUCUACACUUCCGCUGUGUCUGGGACCUGCUGGGUAAAGGCUUGCCCACUUGUUGGCUGGAGUUGUCUUCCUGGGUGUCGGACUAUGGGCGUGGAGCGAAAAGGGGGUGCUGUCCGACCUCACCAAAGUGACCCGGAUGCAUGGCAUUGACCCUGUGGUUCUGGUGCUGAUGGUGGGCGUGGUGAUGUUCACGCUGGGUUUCGCUGGCUGUGUGGGGGCCCUGCGGGAGAACAUCUGCCUGCUCAACUUUUUCUGCAGUGCCAUUGUGCUCAUCUUUUUCCUGGAGCUGGCCGUGGCCGUGCUGGCCUUCCUGUUCCAGGACUGGGUGAGGGACCGGUUCCGGGAGUUCUUCGAGAGCAACAUCAGAUCCUACCGGGAUGACAUUGACCUGCAGAACCUCAUCGACUCCCUUCAGAAAGCUAACCAGUGCUGUGGGGCAUAUGGCCCUGAAGACUGGGACCUCAACGUCUACUUCAACUGCAGUGGCGCCAGCUACAGCCGCGAGAAGUGUGGGGUGCCCUUCUCCUGCUGUGUCCCCGACCCCGCGCAAAAAGUUGUGAACACACAGUGUGGCUAUGAUGUCAGGACUCAGCUGAAGAGCAAAUGGGACGAGUCCAUCUUCACGAAAGGCUGCAUCCAGGCGCUGGAGGGGUGGCUCCCACGGAACAUCUACAUCGUGGCCGGCGUCUUCAUCGCCAUCUCACUGCUGCAGUGGUUGACUGAUCUCAAAGGAAGGCCGAGAGACAGAAGCAUCUGGAAAAAGAAAGAAAAAAAUUUACUUGCAAAGCAGAUAUUUGGCAUUUUCCUGGCGAGGACCCUGAUCUCGGACAUUGAGGCAGUGAAGGCAGGCCACCACUUCUGAGGAGCCACAGGUGGGCGAGCAGAGCUGAGCCACGCCGUGGAGGCCGAAGCCCUUCACCGCCAUCAACUUCACGUCCAGAGGGAGAGAAACGGACGAACCCAGCCCGAGCCAGCACCCCGCCUUCAGCAUCCGCGUGACAUGAUCUCUGUUUCUGCUUGCUGGUGCUGGAGACCCAGGGGCCCCCUCGCACCUGCACAGACUUGUGACCAGCAGCCCCGCUGGGGUCUGCCUGGAAUCAGAGGGUAUGUCUUUAAGUGGGGGAGGUGACUCUGAGGGACAGACGGCUCUGGUGGCUGCACCCUGGCCUCCUCACCGCUCAUGUCAUUGGUGCUGGCCUAGGGGGCAGCCACACCUUCUGUGGCCCUCUGAGUGCCAGGGGGGCCCGCAGUGUCUGCACAGGUCGGGGUGUUGGCAGGAUCCUCGGCCAUGUCAAGUGAAGUAAGCCUGAGCCAGUGCGGGGGCUGGUGCCACGGGAGUGCCUCGUCCGUCGUCCCCCGGCGCCCAGGGCGGGAACUGUCUCCAGCCUCAACAGCAUUAUGCCCUGAGGGCACGAGGGGGCAGUGGGCAUGGCUCUCCUGCGGAGUCAGCUCUCCUUUUCCUGAAGUGUGUAAAUAGUUUAUUUAUAGGGCAAGAAUGUUCUCACACCACAUCUUCAUUUCCUCUGGCAUUCUCCUCUCAACAGCCUUACGCGGCGUCUGGGACUGACGCCGUCCCUUUCAGUUCCCUUGAGUGUCCCACGAACCAGCUCCAGCAGCUUCUCCAUAUCACCCCUAGUAACCCAGCUGCACAUACAUGCUCCCCCUUCAUCUGUGCACCCCCCACAUGCAUACCCCCACUCCCCUCCCAACUUGGCCUCACUGUCUUCUGGUCUUGGUGCUACUGAAACUAUUACCCGGAACUUGAAUCGUGAUCCUGACCCUCCCCCACUGCAAGGCCGGGGAGCCCCAGCCAGAGAUGGCCAGCUGGACCCCUUUGGCCAGGGCUCCUCUCCAGGCCACAUGCUGAGGGCCGGCUGGCCGGCCUGGCAUUCGCCUCUCCCUGGAAAGAGAAGCCCCGUAGCCAGGCCCCUGGGCCGAGCCACGGACCCCAGCCUGCAGCUGCGUAGAGGCUCAGACGUUUCGUUGCUCACUUUCAUGGUGACCUUCCAACCCCUGACGGGGAUAUCUGUGGUCACCGUGUCCACCUUUCCUGUCAGGGCUAUUGGGGGCUUGCUGUUGGAAAUGAAGUCUGUCUUAUGUACUGAAUAACCCCCCAGGCGGAGCUGGGGCGUUCGUGCAUCUUUGGCUGGUCUACACCCUAACGCCUCUCUGGCUCUCGUACCCGUUCUGUCCUCGUCGUUCAGGGAUGGAGUGCCACCUUCACAUACUUGCCGAAGUGUACAUGCUAAAAUGGUAUAUACUGGUGGGUGUUUGUUGACGAUGUUGGUUUUGUUUUGUUUUUUUACAAUUUUCUCUGUAGACUAGGGGAAGAAUGCUUGUGUUUUUAGGAAGUGUGAUGCUUUUCUUUGACUGCCAAACUCUUUUAUGGAAUAUAUCUUUAUAUUAA